UAUAAACCCCCCAUUUUUCCAGGUGAAAAAAAUUGGCGAGAGUAAUUAGAGCCCGCUGGAACAACUGACUGUGUCCGACGACGACGAUCGAGUCUCCGUUCCCGGCGAUAUAACUCCGAUCCAAUCUCCGCUGUCAGUCUCUGAUCGCCUUUCGUCUCUACGGCGGUGGCUCCACGCAAGGCUCCGCCGUCCCGUUCCCAACCUCCUUCUCGCGCUCUCCGUUUUUUUAUCAGGUGGUCUGUCGGAUGUAGCUAAAUUUCAAAGCUGGUGGCAUCUUCGAUGUAGCGACUUUUAUCAAGUGUUUCUAGCCAGCGUAUUGUCCACUACUCGUAUGAUUAUGAUUGGUUUCGGUGCAAACAACUUUGUUAAAUCAGUGCCGGCAUUUGAGAUUGGCGUCUGCUUGAGAGAGAAGCUCUCUGCUGCAGCUGCCUCUACUGCCGGCAUUGGAAGCUGGCGCUUCUCCGCUUCAUUUCAUGUCUCCUGAGGUGGAUAAACGUGUACAUUACCAGAUGGCAGUUGCAACCUGUAGAGGACCUCUUAGUGGUGAGUACUAUGGGAAUAAGAGAUUGGAAAAGAAACAUUGUGCAAAGAGACGUGUAUUUGUGCAGACUGAAACUGGUUCUGUUUUGGGCAUAGAGCUCGAUAGGAGUGACAAUGCGCACACACUGAAGAGGAAAUUAAGGCUUGCACUUAAUGUCCCAACUGAUGAGAGUUCACUGGUAUGUGGUGACAUGGUUUUGAAGAAUGAUCUCAGCAUUGUUAGAAAUGAUUCGCCGCUUCUUCUCACCAGGAACUUGAUGCACAGAAGUUCAUCUACCCCCUGUCUCGCACCUAUUGGGAGGGAUUUUCAGCAGAGGGAUCAGAGUGGCCCGAUUGAGGUACUGGGAUACUCGGAUAAAUUUGCUAGAACAAAACAACUGGUUGUCGAUAUUGUGAAGGCAAUAAGAAAUGACAUUGAUCCAGUUCCUGUUCAUGGUGGGCUUGGAGGUGCAUAUUAUUUCAGAAAUUGUCGUGGUGAAAACAGUGCCAUUGUAAAACCAACAGAUGAGGAACCUUAUGCCCCAAAUAACCCAAAAGGUUUUGUAGGGAAAGUUCUUGGACAACCAGGUCUCAAACGUUCAGUACGGGUUGGGGAGACGGGUUUUAGAGAAGUCGCAGCCUUCCUUCUUGAUCACAAUAAUUUUGCUAAUGUGCCUGAUACUGCUCUUGUGAAGGUCACACAUUCAGUUUUUAAUGUCAAUGAUGGGGUGAAGGGUAAUGUGCAUCAAAACAAAAAGCAAGCAAGUAAGAUUGCAUCACUGCAGCAGUUCAUUCCUCAUGAUUUUGAUGCCAGUGAUUAUGGGACUUCUAGCUUCCCUGUUGCUGCCGUGCAUAGAAUAGGGAUUCUAGAUGUCCGGAUUCUAAACACAGACAGGCAUGGUGGCAACCUUCUGGUUCGGAAGCUUGAUGAUGCUGGGAGAUUUGGUCAGGUGGAGCUUGUACCCAUUGAUCAUGGCCUUUGUCUCCCAGAAAGUUUGGAGGAUCCAUACUUUGAGUGGAUGCAUUGGCCUCAGGCAUCAAUUCCUUUCUCUGAUGAUGAGCUUGCGUAUAUAAGUAAGCUCGACCCUUUCCGGGACUCUGAUAUGCUUAGAAUGGAGCUGCCCAUGUUUCGAGAGGCGUGCCUUCGAGUAUUGGUUAUUUGCACAAUUUUCCUCAAGGGAGCUGCAGAAUUUGGUCUCUGUCUUUCCGAGAUUGGUGAGAUGAUGAGUAGAGAGUUUCGUGGCCAUGAGGAGGAGCCAAGUGAACUUGAGCUUAUGUGCCUUGAAGCGAAGAAACUGUUCCAGGAGGAAAUAUCAUAUUGUGAGCCAAACGCAGGAGGCCAGGAGGAGUUUCAAUUUCACCUAGACUGUGUGGAGGAGCUGGAUUUCACUCGAAGUACCGAAGAGAAAAUGGAAAUUUCAAGGACUCCUCGUUGCGGAUCAAAGAGUGAAAACAGAAGAUGCUUACUCUCUAAACUAGAGGAGACUGCGGAGGAGGACAUAGAAGAUAUUGAGAGUAAUGAUUUAUCUCUAAGCUCUGAUGAAUGCACUAACCUAGUAGAGGAUUGUGUUUUAAAUGUUUCACAAUUGUCAACAUCGAUGAAAAAUGUCAGCAUUGGCGAGAAGAGUUGGCAUCAUGUAGGUUUGAUGCAGAAGAGCGGCUAUGUGGCUGGCGCAUCAUCUGGAAACAGGAGUGCGAAUGAGCAGCUGCCUAUGAGCAGCAGUUUUGUGAAGCUGGCAGAUAUGAAUGAAGAGGAAUGGAUGCAGUUUCUGGAAAAUUUCCAGAAAUUGCUUCGCCCUGCUUUUGCUAAUCGCAAAGCGGGGAAUGUGGGUCAGAGGCAGAGACAGAGGCUAGGGGCUUCCUGCCAGUUUUGACGCAGUAUUUUUAUAUAAAUAAGACCAAGACGGCGGGACUCUGCUUUGCAGUCCGGAGUCUCACCUACCCUCGGGAAUUCUACUACUAUGAAACAAUAUAAGCUUUUUUCCAUGCUAAUGGAGGUGAGAACCUUUAUUUCAUAUGUUUUCCUAGUGUUUUUCCUUCCACGUUGUGUUGACAGCGUAGAGAAGUUGAAUAAAUCAUACAAUGCUAUGUAUCUUAGUUUGUUUGAGUUUUUAAACUCUUUUAUAUGGAGUCUCCUCUUGUGCUUUCUCCGA